AUGAAAGUGCCACUGAGCUUCGGUUGGCCGCCAGCAAAGAGCAAGCAUUCAGCAGAUGUCAGUGACCCGAAACCCGCCCUAUUCCAAGCGGCUCGCCGUCGCCGCUCCGGAAGUUUGGCCGCAGCAGUUGUGACAGUGUGUACGGUCGCGGCGAUAUUCGGCCCCCGGACCGGAGCAAUCACGGUGGCACCCGACAUUCCACCGUCGUCGUCUGCUGCCGUGUCCGACGGUGGCCAUGAACCAGACCAGGACUUGCGAGCCGAGGAAGCUGCGUUCGAAGCGCAAUUUGCAUCGGAAAAUUUAACCUGCCCGUCGGACGAUGGACCAUUUCUGCUCGAGCGAUCGGCCAACAGUUUGCGGCUCUAUCUGCUCGACACCGACGGCCUGCAGCGCAUCCAGACGGACGGGCUGGCUCUCAGCCGGGUGCCAGUGUGCCGGCUGCCGGAGUUAGACGAUAGCCCACAAUGGUUGCAGGUACUGGAUGUGCAGCUCGGUGGCAAGGAUUACGUGCUGUUCACCGUCACCACCGCCCAGUGGCACCACGUGUACCUGGCUCGCUCUACCAACGACAGCCGGGUGGCGACGGAAGGCGGAACCGGAACCAGAGGGACCGCGCAGACGAUACAGCGCAUCAAGUUUGCCGGCGACACGGCCAAAGCGCAACUGAUGGAGUGCGGCGGACAGGUCUACCUGGUGACGCUCGUCACAUACGGCAGCAUGGGCACGAUACGCGUCUACCGAUGGUUGCAGUCGUACUUUUCGCUGACCAGCACGCGAGAAGUCCCGUCGCUGGACGACGUGCGAUGCCAUUGUCCCGGGCCACUUCUGCUACUAGCGCUGGAUUACGAGCCACUCCCGGAACGCUCGCUCAACCACGUCCUGCUGCUGGACGGAAGCGGUGCUAGCCCGGUGAAGGUGCAGGAAGUGUUCUUCCUCUCCCACUCGCUGCCAUCGUUCACGAUCGACGACGACCUGUACCUGAUCCGGCACGUCAGCAAAGACAAGUGUUUCCUGUACCAGUGGAACGGUGACGCCAGCAAGUUCAUCCGCCAGCGGGCGCUCCCGUACCGGCCCGGGCAGAUCGGUGCCGUGACGUCGUGGCCGGGAAUGCUGGCGGUCACCAUCGACGGGGCGGUCCGUCUGUACGCCGGUGGCAAGCAGAACGCGUUCCGCGUCGAGUCUCCGUUCACGGUGCAUGGCGCACGGCAAUCGGAUCCACUGAAGCAGCUCGCCGUACCGGGGCACGAUGACUCCUUGCCGGGGUCCCGGCAGCUCCUGCAGGGGCUGUUUCGGUUGCGUACCGACAGCGACACGGAGGCGGCCCUAGCCAUGGCCUUUGCGUGCCCCGCGACCACCGUCAACGGGACGGCAUUGCGCGUCUACCAGCUGUCCGUGAUGAGCGUCACGCGCGCUACCGAAGCUCAGGAGCUUGGUUUUCGGACACUGAACGGGUGCCUGCAGCGGCUGAAGCGGGGCUUGAACGAGCGGAAGCAGUGGAUCGACCUGAUCCGGCUACAGUUGGCCCGAAAGAACCUCGUCUUCGACACUCUCAACCACACGGGACCAGGGGUUGUGAUGCAGCUGCACCCCGGCGUACAACUCGAUGGUGCGUUGCUCCCGCACGACAGCCCGUUCGUGUUGCCGCCCACGCGGACGGCACUGAACGGGCAGGCGUUGCUCCUGCGCCACUACCGGCUGGCGACCGAUCUGAACCGGGUGCUGCUGGUGAACCGGGCCAAAACGGACAUCCAGGGCGACCUGCACGUGCGAGGCAACGUGCGGACCAGACAAACGAAGAUACGGGCGGUGGAUGCGCUCGAGGAAAGAACCCCCGGCACACGGCACCGGAAGGCCGCCGAGACCGAGGAACUGGAGCGGGGGCGGCGGCCGCGGCACCCACCCCCGUAUCGGAUCGUGCGAGCACGGGAAGUGAUCAGCGCGGACGGUAGCGCGACCCAGAAGCGUUUUUGGUCGCGAACGGCCAUGACGGUGCUACCGGGCACGGUCCAGCUGGAUGAGCUGCACGCCGGCAGCGUAAGGCUCGAGGGCCCCGGUGGCCCCCCCACCAUCAACCACCUGCCGCUGCCGGGCCGGGCUACCCAGCAGGACGUAGCGGAACACGGGUACCGCGGCCACAAGGUGUUCCGGAGCGUCCGGACGGGCCGUUUGCACGCGCACCGCUACAACGGGGCCCCACUGGCACCGGAACUGAUCGAGAGCAGCCGGAGGACCGUGAGCGACGGUGCGACAAUCCGGGCGGAUCGCUGCCACACCCGCAACCUGAUCGUACGCUCCACCGUAAACGGAUUCCGGCUGGACCGGUUCGCUUCGGUGCGCCAACCACACGUCAACGGAAACCUACGGCUAGGCGAAGGAGUUUGCGUGAGGCACCUGCACGUACACCGGGCGGUCAGUGGUGCCCCGCGGGGCACGCUGCUAGACCGCCUGUCCAACCAGACCAUCACCGGUCCAUCCUUCAUCAGUAAAGCGUUCACCCACAGCCUACACUUUGGGGAGCUCAACGGCGAACCGAGCGCGAACUUGGCCACCAUUCACCCGCCCACCGCCACCGUGCCCGCGGGUGUCAGCGGACUGCUGAUCAGCACACCGGUCCGAACCGGGCGGCUUCGCAUCCGGGGUGACCUGAUCGCGAACCACGAGCAACAACAGUGGUCCGGCGAGCCCAUCGGAACACGUCCCGCUGACCUGCGUCAGCAGUACCGCGGAAAGCUGCUGCUGAAUGGGUCGCUGCGGGUGCGUGCCGCGAUCCUCAGUGCACCGAACGUCACCGUGAUGGGUGUCACGGUGCCGACGCUCAGCCUCCACCCGGAACACUACCUCCAGCGCAGACAACGGCAGGCCGUGAACCACCCGGUGACGUACCGUGCGGCCCAGUUCCAGUACCUGUUUGCGAACACGCUGAACGGAGCGGCACUCUGGCAGCUGAGCCUUACGCACCACGGCUGGCAGAACAGUAUCUACUUGCAGGACGCGACCGUCGGUGGCCACAUCCGGCCGGCCCGGAUAGCGCCCCGGCUGCACGCCAUCAAGCAGGCUCGCGUGGGCCUCCACUCCCGCGUGGCGCUGUGCGAUAUGAAGCACUUCACCGGGACACUGCGUGUCACGGCCCUCCACACGGACACGCUCGGCGGGCGGUUCCCGACCGCGGUGCUGUGGGAACGCGGGGCCCAGCGGUAUGCCUCAACGGCACUGACAACCGCUGCGGACCUGGAGCUGCGCAGCACCGCCCUGCUGGUGGGUGGUGAUCUGUACGCCACCACGACCAUCGCCAGCCACCGGGUGGGGCGGCUCAGGGUGCCUUCGGUCCGUGCCCGGUACCGGGCGCUCCACCUCGCCGCCAUCGACGCCAACACGGCCACCCUACACCAGACGGUGAACGUUUCGCUCGGGGAGAUUGUGGAUCGGUUCGCCGCUGGCGGCACCACCGACGGUCAUCAUCGGCUCCCAUCGUCAUUUGCGCGGAUCGUUCCGGGUGCGGGGGCUCCUGCCCAGCACAUGCCGGCGGUUACGGUGGGCAGUAUCAACUACUGCCCGGUCGAUUGGCUGCUGGGGGAGAGUGUGGCGAAGCAACGCCCAUCGGACGCUGGAGCCCGAUCGGUCGGAGGGUGGAAGAGCGUCCGCGAAGGGGCGGUUACCGUCGCGGGUGAAUUGCUUACCGCCAGCCUGAAUGCUCAGGUCGCGAGUGCCCUCGAUCGGGUGGUGACAAGAACCGGCGGCCAAUCGGUGGAGGCACGCUGGCAGUUCGGCUCGGUCAGUGCCCCGCACCUGACGGCGAAGGUCCUGAACCGCACCCCGCUCGGUCGGCUCGCCCUACGCACCGACCGGGCGCUCGCCCUGCACGAUGAGCUGUUCGUCGGGCAGCUGCACGUUGCUAGCCUGGAGUGGGCGGGUGUCCCCGGGGGAUGGCCCUUCGAGACGCCGGUAGAGCAGCGUGCCACCGUCGUGCAGCUGCUGCGCUGCCGCGGAACCGUACUGGAGCCCCCGCCACACGACCACGACUUAUCCCCGCCACCGCACUGGCCCCUCCUGUUUGCCCCCACACCGGACGGUCCGAUCGAGGGGCUCGUCAUCUUCGACACGCGCGAGGUCCACCUGGGCCGUAGCACCCAACACGCCGCCGGCCCACCAAUCGAACGGAUCGCAAAGCAGUGCUUCCGGUGUCAUCCUUCGCUCGCUCCGGUUUUCGACCACGGCGGACAGGUACUGUACGGUCCCGUCACCGUGCGCGGCAACCUGCGUCUCACCGAGGGCAUCCCGUUGACGGUCGGCACGGUGUCUGGGGUGUCGCUGGCCGAGCGGCUUACUCCUGGUGGCCCCGGCCACGUAUUUCUGCUGGGUGGAGCCGGACGGACCGUUUCCGGUCGGAAGCGCUGGAAUGGUAGUGGAGGGGCCAGCGCCGGCAACGUCACCCUGUGGGCGGUGGACGAGUCUUGGCCACUGCAGCGGGUGCUCGCCGUCUGCAGUGCGUACCAGAGGUGCACAGGAGCGCUUCACUUUGGCCGCCCGGUCACCGUCGAUCAGCUGCUAACCGUGGCGCACUUGAACCGCAUCCCGUUCGACCUGUACUUCUAUGCCUUCGCUCACCGCCGCCACCCGGGGGUGCCCGGGUCACCCCACGCGAUCCAGGACUUCCCGGGCACGCUGACCGUCGCCGGGCUGGUGAUGGCGGGCCGCGGAACCAUCCUGCACCACAUCAACGGCAUCCCGCUGACGGAGGUCGUGUCACGCACCACACCCAACGCGUCUCACCAGUUGGUGGGGGGACCGAAGGCGUUCCGAGCGGUGCGCAUCGGAGGUCCCCUGUCGCUGCAUCACCUCAACCGGGUGCCGAUGGCGCGGAUAGCACAAACAUCCCUGUACGGGGGCGACGGCGGAGGGAGCUACCUGGAGUCGAUCGUGUUCAACCACCCGGUCGAGUUGGGUGAACUGCGCACCGGCAGCCUCCAACACAGCCGCACCGGCUCGACGGCCCUCACGGGGGACGGUGGCGGCGGCCGCCGGUCUGCGUUGUCCGUGCCGGAUCUGUUGCUCGUCGUGCCGCCUUCCGCCCGAGUUCGGUCGCUCCUGCCGCCGUCCCCGCCACCACUCAACGGCACCGGGAAGCUGGGGCUACAGUUUGACUGCGCACCCGACCGCCGAUCGCUGGCAAUCCGCACCAUCGAAGUGCGGAGCACCCCGCUGAUGGUUCCGCUUCCCGAUGGCCACUGUCACACCGUCAUCGGUGCGGUGCCCCUCAACGAUACCACGGCUCUGGUGCUGCUGCUGAUCACUCGCCCGAAGCGAGUAUCUGGCGCCACCGUCGCCCCGCUAGCCUACACCUACGACAUCCGGCGGAACCGGUUGCACCCGCUGGAACUACCGCCGCGGCUCGGUUCCCGCGCACCGUUGGCCACCGUCCUGCUGACGCCGACCCCGCAAGAGAUCAUGCUCGCCCUGCUGCCCGGACCACGCACCCCACCGGCUACGGCCGUUCUGCUGUACCGGCUCGUGGACUGGGCUACCGAAUCCCGAUCGGAGCCUCACUUCACCCACUUCCAAACCAUCACCGCGGCGGGUCCGGUCGCAACGGUGGCCACCAGCACCGACGGUACUACGCUCAUCCUGCACGAGCAGACCUCGGAGCCACCGCACAGCGCUCAGCGCCACCAUCGCUACUACGUGUACAACGCCGUGACCGGCUGGACCGAGGGGCUAGAGAAUCAUCCCUAG